AAGUAACUCUAUUUUUAAACCUAUGGUUAUCACGUGCUUCGCACCUGACCGCAUAAACUAGUAAUUAGUAUAAUUAGAUAAGAGUUGAGGUUGUAGGAGGAAGGGUUCCUUAACAAAAGAAAAGAGAAGUAAAAAUGCCGGUGAAGGUGUUAGACGCGAGCCUCUCCAACUUCGAUAGCGUGUUUGAGAAAUUCAGGUCAGAAGCAUCCUCACCUAAAUUCAUCCUCUUCUUGGCUGACAAUGAUCCCUCUACCUCUCUUAGUUGGUGUCCUGAUUGUGUGAGAGCUGAGCCUGUAAUCUACAAGAAGCUAGAAGCUACUUCUAAUGAUGUUGUUCUGUUGAGAGCUUAUGUGGGAGACCGUCCUACAUGGAGGACUCCCCUGCAUCCUUGGAGAGUAGACUCAAAAUUCAAGCUAACCGGUGUUCCAACUUUGAUCCUUUGGGAAAAUGACGCCAUCAAGGGUCGCCUUGAAGACCAUGAAGCCCACUUGGAAAACAAAAUCGAUGCCCUUCUUGCUGGGAACUAAGUUCCAAACUUUGAUGGGUUCAAUCCAACUUAUUACAUUACAUUAGACUAUCUUUCUUUUCUUAUUGUUGGCUUUUACUUCUACUGCCAGAAAACAUUACCAUGUUGUAGCUUAUCAGCAUUUGAAGUAUUAGUACUUAUAAUAAAUAUAAAUAAAACACACCUUUUCUAAA